CUUCUUAGAUUGAGGUAUUUACAGUGAAAGGUCGUUCAGUAAGCAUUCAUGCUCAAUAAGGAAAGCACGAGAGCAUCAAGUCCUUCAUUGAGUAAAGUGGCCAGACUAGCUGGUCUGGGUACAAAGUGGGAGGAGACAGACCAGCAUCAGGAUGGGCUGAACCUCACCUGCUGUAAAAGCUGUAUCCUUGGCAGAGGGGAGAGCAGAGAAAGGGCCGCAAUGCUCAGGGUAGAUAAAGAUGUGGACAUAGGUGAGAACAAAGUGAAAGAGACCUGAGAGGGAAGGAGCAGACACAGGGACAGGAAUGAGAGACUCAUACGCAGUCUGAGGUUGACCUGAGCACUUGAGUCAAUACUUAGUGGAGACAUUUUCCUAAACAUGGCAGCUACUUGGAGAAAUGCACUUUUUCUCUGCAUGUUGCUGAUGGUGUCUGUAGGCUCGAGCUUGGCCAACGAAGAUACAGGACAUGACACCCCAUCGAGCGGCGAUAGUGGGACCAACUCAAGCUCAGACCAUGACACUGGAAGCGACGACAGUCAUGACACUGGAAACAGCGGCGGUCAUGGAGGAGAGCCCAUCACCACCCUGCCGAUUGUGAGCUGGAAGUGGCCUCAUGUCACCACCCCGUACCUGGUGGCCCUCUGGAUCCUGGUCAGCUGGAUCUGCAAACUUAUCAUCGAGUCGAACCACCACGUGACGAACGUGAUCCCGGAGAGCGCCCUGCUCAUCUGCUUCGGCUUCAUCCUGGGUGGGAUGAUUUGGGGUGCAGACAAGCAGCAGACCUUCAAGCUGACGCCGACGGUGUUCUUCUUCUACCUGCUGCCCCAAAUCAUCCUGGACGCUGGUUACUUCAUGCCAAACAAGCUCUUCUUCAGCAACAUGGGCGGCAUCCUGGUCUACGCCGUCAUCGGGACCUGCUGGAACGCCGCCAGCUUGGGCCUGUCGCUGUGGGGGUGUCACAUGGGAGGAGCCAUGGGUGACCUGGACAUCGGUCUGCUGCAGUAUCUCCUCUUCGGCAGUCUGAUCGCUGCCGUGGACCCUGUAGCUGUCCUCGCCGUGUUUGAGCAGGUCCACGUCAACGAGGUCCUCUUCAUCAUGGUGUUUGGAGAGUCGCUGCUCAACGACGGCGUGACAGUGGUGCUCUUCAAUGUCUUUGAUGCAUUUGUGUCACUGGGAGGAUCCAAAAUUAAUGCCGUGGAGAUCAUCAAAGGAAUAAUCUCCUUCUUCGUGGUGGCGUUCGGUGGCUCCCUCAUGGGCUUGGUGUUUGGUCUGCUCAUCUCUCUUUUGACCAGAUGCACCAAAAACAUCCAGAUCAUCGAGGCGGGCUUCAUCUUCGUCUUUGGAUACCUCGCCUACCUGACGGCUGAGAUGCUCUCACUCUCCGCCAUCCUUUCGAUCGUCUUCUGCGGAAUGUGCUGCCAAAAGUACAUCAAUGCAAACAUGGACGAGAGGUCCGUCACCACAGUCAGAUACGUCAUGAAGGUUUUAGCCAACGGAUCAGAAACCAUCAUCUUUGUGUUCCUCGGCAUCUCGGCCAUCGAUAAAUCCAUCUGGGUGUGGAACACGGGCUUCAUCCUCCUCACACUGCUCUUCAUCUUUGUGUACAGAAUCAUCGGUGUCUUUUUCCUCACCUGGAUCCUGAACAAGUUCAGGCUCGUUCCUCUGGAGUUCAUAGAUCAGGUGAUUAUGAGCUACGGUGGCCUGCGAGGGGCUGUUGCAUAUGGCCUGGCAACGAUGCUGGACGAGAACAAGAUAAAGGAGAAGAAUCUGAUGGUCUGCACUACUCUCAUCGUGGUCUACUUCACUGUCAUCCUGCAGGGGAUAACGAUGAAACCUCUGGUCACCUGGCUUAAAGUGAAGAGAGCUGCAGUGACUGAGCUCACACUCAUUGAAAAAGUGCAGAACAAGGCAUUUGAUCACAUGCUUGUUGCCAUAGAAGACAUAUCCGGACAGAUAGGACACAACUACAUGAGGGACAAGUGGAAACAUUUUGAAGAGAACUGGAUGUCGAGGUUUUUGAUGAAGCCGUCGGCGAGGAAGAACCGCGACCGCAUCUUCAAUGUCUUCCAUCAGCUGAACCUCAAAGAUGCCAUGAGCUACGUGGCUGAGGGUGAACGCAGAGGCUCCCUGGAGUUCAUCCGCAAUGAAAGCGCAUUUGUCGACUUCAAGAAAAAGUUUGGUGACGAGUACUCAGAGGUCAUGCCUGACAUCAUGGCCGACACGUCAGACGAUCACGGCGCAAUGUCCGCCGUUGGAAGAAACCCUGUGCCAUCGGUGAGCCUGGAAAUGCACGAGCAGACCAUGAACGGUAUGAGGGAAACAAAUGACGUUAACAGUCACCACCUGCUGCAGCAGCACCUGUACAAGGGCAGGAAACAGCACCGACACAGGUACAGCCGGAGCCAUUUCGAGGUCAAUAAGGAUGAGAACGAGGUGCAGGAGAUCUUCCAGAGGACCAUGAGGAGCCGGCUGGAGUCCUUUAAGUCUGCAAAGAUGGGCGUCGCUCCGCCAAAACACAUCACCAAGCACACAAAGAGAGACCAGCAGCAAAAGAUGCCAAAUGGAAAAUCAGUGGACAAAAAUAGAAGCUACUAUUCUGGUGAUGAAGAUUUUGAGUUCUCGGAGGGAGACAGCGCCUCUGGCCUCGAGGCUUCGAGGAAUUCCUUCCCCAUGAGGAUCACCUACAGAGCAGGAGAUGGAAUUGAGAACCCAGCCUUCAUGCCGGACCUGGACCCCAUGUCCCAGGUUCAGAUCCCUCCGUGGCUGGCGGAGGCGGAGCUCGACAGCGGCAUGGUGGCUCCGUCACAGCGAGCCCAGGUGAGGCUGCCCUGGACGCCCAGCAACCUGCGCCGCCUGGCUCCGCUCCGCAACAGCACCCACUCCACCGACUCCUUCAUGCUGGCCGACGCUCCUGCCGCUCAGCAGAGGGACGACGACGAGCUGCCGCCACCUCCAUCUCCACCUCAAUCUCCACCUCCACCUCCACCGCACAGAGGCCGCCUGUAGCAGCAGGCCACCCCUCCUCCUCCAGCUGCCUUUAACCUGACUGCCAAAGACACAGAACCUCACCUCAGACUUUGCACCAUCUACCCUCAAUAUAUUGACUAGGGAAUGUUUUCUUUUCCAUGCUUUUGUUUAGUUAUAGUCCUGAAUUUCUAGACAAAACAUUCACAAUCCCUCAACCUUUGUGCUCCGGCACAGCUUCAGUUGUUGCUCUAACUUCACCCUUCGAGAGUUAUUCACCAGCACGUUGAACAUUGUCACAUCUCCUCUGGUUUAUAGUAAACCAGUCGGUCCCUGUGGAGAAUCUGAUCUCUGAAUGAGAUGCAGGAACCUUUUUCAAGAAUGUAGUUAUUUAUGACUGGUGUUGUUUAUGAAGAUUUAUUUGGAGUGUUAUGAAAUUAAUUCCAACUCGGUAAUCUGAAUAACGUGUGUGUUGAGAGAGAGGUUGAGUUCAAUGUGAAGAAUGAGACCGCUGUAAAAUAGUCAUAUGUAUAAUAAAGACGUAUUUAUUCACAAA